AUGAAAUCGAUCACCACCAUUAUAAAACUUCCAUGUAUUGCUUCAAAGCUUCGUACCUUUUCCUAUCGUAGUAUCUGGACGGCUCAGCAGUACAUUGAAAGAGAAGAAAAAUGUGGAGCUCAUAAUUAUCACCCCUUACCGGUCGUACUUAAGAAAGGACGCGGAUGCAAAGUCUGGGACGUUGAAGGGAACGAGUAUUAUGACUUUUUGAGUGCUUAUUCGGCUGUAAAUCAAGGCCAUUGUCAUCCCAAACUUGUCAAAGCUUUAAUCGAUCAAGCUCAGACUCUCACCCUCACGUCGCGUGCUUUUUACAAUGAUGUAUUGGGGGAAUAUCAAGAAUAUAUGACUACUCUUUUUGGAUUUGAUCGGAUUUUACCCAUGAAUACCGGUGUUGAAGGAGGUGAAACCGCUGUGAAACUGGCCCGUCGUUGGGCAUAUGACGUAAAAGGGGUUCCCGCAAAUCAAGCAAAAGUGAUAUUUGCCAAAAAUAAUUUCUGGGGUCGGACCUUAAGUGCGGUGUCAUCAUCGAAUGACAAAGAAGCAUAUGGUGGCUAUGGACCUUUUAUGCCAGGGUUUAGUAGUAUUCCGUACAAUGAUACGGAUGCCUUGGAGGAGGUAUUGAAAAAAGAAGGGCCAACUAUUGCUGCGUUUAUGGUCGAACCUAUUCAAGGAGAAGCUGGUGUUGUUGUACCGUAUGAUGGGUAUCUCAAACGUGUGCGUGACCUUUGCACCAAAUACAAUGUACUUUGGAUUGCUGAUGAAGUGCAAACGGGUUUAGCACGUACUGGAAAAAUGCUGGCAGUGGAUUAUGAAAACGUGAAACCUGAUAUUGUCAUUCUAGGCAAAGCACUUUCCGGUGGAAUGUAUCCAGUUUCAGCUGUACUUACGAGGGACGAGGUUAUGCUGACGAUCAAACCCGGUCAACAUGGAUCGACGUACGGUGGUAACCCACUUGGCUGUAAGGUCGCUAUGGCGGCUAUGAAAGUCAUUGAGGAAGAAAAUCUUGCUGAGAACGCAUUUAAACUCGGCAAUAUCUUUCGAAACGAGAUGGAAAACUUCAAGUCGAGUGUGCUUCAAGGUGUACGUGGCCGCGGUUUGCUGAAUGCGAUCAUUAUCAACGAACGUCCGAACCAGCCGGACGCUUUGCAGCUCUGCAUGAACAUGACCAAGAAAGGUCUGCUGGCCAAGCCUACUCACGGCAACAUCAUUCGGCUUGCACCCCCGCUUGUCAUGACCGAAAAGCAGCUCGAUGAGUGCACGUCGAUCAUCAAGGAGGUUCUCACGGAAGCGGAGCCGUAA